AUGGCGAGUCAAGCUGCAGUAAUUGUUGCUACACUUUCUGCACUGUUUUUGUUCUCUGCCUGCCUUGCGGUAGACUCAGGGGGUGAGGAAGGGUCAUGUCCGAAGCAGAUGGAAAACAGUAACGUCAACAACAUCACGGUGGUGGCUCCGCCCGGACCAAGGGGUGACACGGGACCACCGGGACCGAGGGGCGUCCGCGGGGAGAAGGGAGAGACGGGCCGUCCCGGGAAGCUCGGCCCACACGGCAUGGAGGGCCAGAAGGGAGAGAAAGGAGCUCUGGGACAGAAAGGCAGCCAGGGGGCGGAAGGAUUGGGCGGAGGAGCUGUGUAUAUCCGGUGGGGACGGACAUUUUGCGAUGAGGGUACGGGUACGGUAACGGUGUACUCCGGGCUCGCCGGCGGGGCGCACUACAACAACAAGGGAGGAGGAAGCAACUACCAGUGCCUCCCUGCAGAUCCGGAGUGGGGCCAGUACGAAGAUGGGGUUCAGGGAUCGAAGUCCCAUAUGUACGGUGCAGAGUACGAAAUCAGCACAAACGUACCGUACGACAAGGCUACACUCCACAACCGUGACGUGCCAUGCGCGGUUUGCUACAGUCUCUCCCGCCGCGCGCAGCUGAUGAUUCCCGCCCGUAAGACCUGCCCGGAAGGCUGGACGCGGGAGUACGGAGGCUACCUGAUGGCGGCGUACUACAACCACCCCGGCCGUACGGAGUUUGUGUGCAUGGACGGGGAGCCCGAGGUCCGGCCAGGCGGAGAGGGGAGCGACAACGGUGCCUUAUUCUACCUCACAGAGGCCCGCUGCGGCUCGCUGCCGUGCCCACCGUACGUGGAUGGGAGGGAGCUGGCAUGUGUCGUGUGCACGAAAUAG